ACGCCGCUUUCUGCAGAGUAGGCCAGCUAACUCGGCUAAGUCAUUUGCCUCAGGAAAGUCAAGCCAAGUUCAUCGAGCUGAAAAUGUAGAAUACAACUUAUGUAACUGUAAUUUGAGGGGAUACAGAGAUUUACUCAGGUACAGUGGGGCUGGGAGGGUGGAAUUAGAAACAAAGUGACUUAUUAGUGUCCUGUUUAUUAAGAGAGAGAGAGAGAGGGAGGAAGGAAAGAAGUAAGGAAGGAAGGAAGGAAGGAGUAACCUGAAAAUGAACUGUUGAUUUGGACCUGUGACAAAUGACCGAUGGAGAAGACACGUACACUGCUGCUGGGGAUUUUUACAGUUGCCCUAUGCAAAUAUUCACAGGCUGAAUGGAAUACAACGAGGGACACAGCGAAUAAGACCGUGUCCUGCGGUCCCCAUGACAACAGCAGCAACUGCACAGACUUGAAGGAUAUCCACCAAUGGAGUGGCCAUUUCUCCAAAUGUCCUGACGAGUACCUACAUUAUUGUAUCCAUGGGAUGUGCCGUUUUGUGCAGGAGCAGAACACGCCCACCUGCAAAUGUGAAACUGGAUACAUCGGUGCCAGAUGUGAAUAUCUGGAUCUUGGCUGGUUGGUGGGCGAACAGAGGGAAAUAGUCAUCAUUAGCAUUAUAUCUGGAUUGGUCAUUCUCCUUCUCAUCAUUGUCUUUAUAUGCAUCUGUGCACAAAGAUUGUAUCGCAAAAAGAGGAGAAAACAGAAGACAAGGGAUGAAGUGGAGCGGCUGAACACACUAAACACAAACGAAGCUUCACUUGCCAUCGGAGACGUGUCUGACACGAACACAGUAUGAGAGCUGUAAAACCAGUCUACAAGGAGUUCUCCUGCUGGACAGGAAGACAAUCCUGCCUGAUUAAUGAACCUGAAGGCCUUGAAAUGGACCCAAGGGAUGCGGCAUGUGAUCCAACUUUCCAGUCUUUAUUAUAAUUCAGCUACAGUUGGAAAUGAGUUCAUAGGCAGGAAGGAAAACAGCAAAAGACUAUGUGCUUGGCAUGUUCUUUUUUUUUCCAGGCUGUAACACCAGCAGCAGUGUGUUUUGGGCAUAAGAUCAAGAAUCUCUGUUCGUUUGACUCGCCAGAUAUACAGAUCACUAUCAGUUGAAGGAGGGAUCUGUUUUUCUCUAACGCCCCCAAAUGAUAAUUUAAGAGAUGGUUAUAUUAGGCAAGUGGACCCUUUUGUAUGAGAAUGUUUAAUGCUGUGCAUAAACAAAAAAUUUAAAAAAAUUGAACGUCAUCUGUAUCUAGCAUUUCUCAUUGUGAUUAUGAUAUAACAAAUACAAGAUUAUCAAGCCGAUUUCAAGAGACUUUUACUCCUUUAACUCAUGUAAACACUUGAAAUUGUCUUCUAUUUGACUUCUUUUUAGAAAAACUCACUAAUUGUUCUAGCAAUAGGGCAAACGAUAAAGGCUUAAUCAUCUUGCAUUUCUUUUAACAUCACGAUAAGAAAUAUGAACUAAAUGGCUGAUACUGAUAUUUUGUUAUUUUUGGUAAGAUAUCAUUACAGUGUGGAGAAAAAUCUCAAAAAUCUUUGGCGGCAAAGUGCAAUGAGACAACAAACACAUCACUCUAAAGCAGUUACCUCAAUAUAAUAGUUACUGCAAUGGUUGAUGUCAAAGGAUUGAAACAUUUCUAUCAAAUACACUGACCUAUUUAUUGCUUGAAGGAUGUAAAAGAAAAUAGAUAUAUAUGUAAAAUAACUGUAUUUUGCUAAUGUAGUGUUGUGUGCUUUUACUUGCUAUGUAGAUAGAAAGUUCCAGUAAAGUUUAAUCUGUCAUUAAAGAAAAAAAAAAUCCUGAAGCAUUUAUUGUCAUGUAUUUGCAUUAACAUUACUUGUAUACUUUUUCGAACCGCUGAGUAUCAGCAGUGGAAGCGAUACGCUUUAGUUACAGGGAGAAAAGAAAAGAGCUGGAAGUUUGCCGAUGCCACACCCAUCUACAAAGUAGCUUUGGUAUGCAGUUUCCUUUUCAGUUAAGUAUUGCCAGUAUUGUACCUGUUUUGCCCGAUGUCUUGAAUGAAGUAUACUUACACAUUUGUGAAUGGUAACAUUUUAAACUUUUGUCACAUACAAGUAGCUGAAAAGGGUCUGCUGCAAUUUCUGUUCACAAAGAACGACACAGCACUUUGUUUAUUGUCUAUACAUGAAUCCACCAGUUCUGGAUCCUCUGUGUAGGACUGAUGGGUGAUGUGAUGGAGCAGUUACUGUUGAGAGCAGGGUCAUACUUUUUCCAUUCAUUGCUACAUUUAAUGUUGUGGAACAUCAACAAAAAAGGUGGUUCCAUUUAUCACUGAAUAGUCGUUCCCUCACCACCUCUUUUUUUCUCUCUCUUGAAGUUAAUAGCGCAGAAAAAGCAGCUUGUCAUGCUGCCAA